UGGGCCACUGCUGUUGAUGCUGAGAGAUCCUCUGGGUUGGAAAAACGCUGAGAUGGAUAUUGAUAAUACUGAGUCAGAACUGGCCAAGCUGCAGAGGCAGUUCAGGAUCAUGGAGGGAGAUCGGCAGGCCUACAGCCUUCAGGCCCGGGAGCAGAUCCGCAAACAGCAGCUGGAGAUGGACCAGCUACGGAAGGAGCAGGAGGAGCUGCAUCGCAACCUCUGCGUAUCUAAGAGCUUGUCCCACCAACAGCAGGACAGUGAGGACACCCAGCGACUACGAGCUCUGCUGGAGCAGGGAGACGUGCUGGAGGAGGAGCUGAGAAAAGAAAAGCAGUGUCAGAAAGGCUUAAAAAGAGAGAUCUCAGACAUGGAGAUGAAGCUGUGUGAGCUGAGAAAAGGGGAGGUCAGUACCAGUGACACACGAGGGCCGGCGGUACAGCGGACUCAGAAGGCCAUUCAAACUCUGGAAUACAAACUGGACAGAGCUUUGACUCGCUUCAAUGAACAAUUGUCCAAAAACAGCCACCUGAGGGAGGAGCUGCAAAUGCUCUGUGUGGAGCGUAUCCGUUUUCAGCAGCUACACAAUAGGCUGGACAAGGAGCUGCAGGAGAUCCGCAAGAAGAUUGGAGAAAUGAUCAACCUGUCUACUGCUGCUUAUGAUGCUAGGGUGGAGGCUCAGUCCAAAAUGAACAUGAUGAGGGAGAAGGCAGUGAAGGACCUCGCCCAGUACAACACUGAGAUGAAGGAAUUGGAGAGAGUUAUUGCACAUGAGCAAAUCCUGAAGGACUUUAUGACCGUCAAGUGCAGCGAGAGGAGCGGGCAGGACAACGUCCCCGAGAUGGGACACCGACGAUUGUCUGAGGGGAAGGAGCAGCGGAGGAUGGACUUGGAUGAAGAGUCUCUAGAUGUUCUCGAGGAGGUUUUCUCGAGGAUCCACACAGUGACAGGAGAGGACAACCUGGACAUGCUGGUCACCAGGUUCAUCCAGGGUGAAGACCGCAACUUUGCACACUUCAAUGUUGUUAAUGAGCAAAAUAAUGAGACUGAAGCUCUGAGGGAUCAAAUCAAGCAUAUCCGAGAGGGGAUGGAGAACUUUCAGGUGAAAGGUUUGCAGCAGGAGCAAAAUCACCGCUCUUUGCUGGGAGACAUCGAAGAACAGCAAAAGAAAACUGAAUCCCAAACUGACGAGUAUGAAAACCAAGCCAGCAUCAUAAGCAACAUCCUGGACAAGAGUAAAGCAGGGGUGAAAAGCACCUUCUCCAUAUUGGAGUGUGACCGCUCUGUGAUCGAGGACAUGCUGGGCUCCUCCACAGGGAUCAGUGAGAACAACAUCAUGUCCUAUCUGGGUCUGUUGGAACAGAAGACUAACGAGCUGCUCACCAUACAAGCUUUCCUCAAUUCUAAGGAUCUAGAGAAGGACUACAAUCCAAAAGACCUGCCCAAAUUCCUUCUGGGUCAAGAUCCAGAGCUGCUUCAGCAGGAUACCACUCUCCGGCCUCCAGUCAACAGUGUGGAGCAUGAUACAGAAGAGUCUCUGGUCACCCUUGAGGAAGAACGGCCCCUCUCACAGGGGGAACUCCGCAGAAGAAUAAUGGGAUACAGCAGAAGCAGAGAUCAGUCAAGCAAGCAGCGACCACAGCCUCAGAGACCAGGCAGCAGUUUGGAGACUGACGGCACUCUGCUGAAGAAGAACUGAUCCAGGUUUUCACAUCCGCCCUGAGAGAUCCAAUCACAGAGGGGCCGAGUACAGUACAUGUGGUCACACCUGACAUUACAACAUGUCCUGAAUGUUUGUCUCUCUGAGGACAGAUGUUGACAACAGGACUGAACCAGGUAACAUUGUGCUGAUCAGUGCAGCUCAUGUGGAUCCUCAUUAUCGGCAUCUGAAGGGCCUGUUUUCUUCAUAUACCAUAAACAAUGGAGGCUGAAGUAUUGCAGCUUGCACAAGCAAACAUUAAAAUCUUUAUUAUUUUACAUGUACUUCACCUUUUCAUGACAAAUCACUAGCAUUGCCUGCUGUAUUACACACUGAUGUGACUUGUUUAAGUCACAUCUCAAGUCUCGAGCUAAUUAGCUCUGGCGCAAUAAAAAGGCCUUUUCCAGAC